AUGCCUGCCAGGGUAGCCAUGCCGUCAAGAUCCCGGCGCGUCACGCUGCUGGCAGCAUUCCUGACAGUGGCGGUCUCAUCACUAGCUUUCAAGAUUCCUUUCUGCCAAGGGCUAACAGGAACGCGAGGACCACCACCGAGGGCCAGCAGCUUGGCACGUGAAGUGGGCCAUUACGGCAGAGCCCAUAAUGGAGCCCACCUUAGUGCCUCGCAGAAGGCGGCCUUAGAGGAGAUUGCUGAAGCAAUCGGAACGCCCGGAAAGGGAAUCACUGCUACGGAUGAAGGCCCGCUCACUGUUGGCGGUCGCUUUGAAGCAGUUGGUGUUGAGAACACCGAAGAGAAUCGCCGAACCUACAGGCAGAUGCUCUACACGGCGAAGGGUGCGAACAAGUACCUCUCUGCCGCAAUCCUUGACCCCGAGACUGUCUUUCAAAAAAGUGACGACGGAGUGCCAUUUCCGAAAGUCUGCUCUGACCUGGGCAUUGUCCCCGGCGUGAAGCCGCACUUGAAGAUCUACUCCUUACCUGGCACAGCGGACGGCGAGACAGUGAUGCAGGGCCUUGAUAGCCUCGCAGCGCGCUGCAAAGAGUACCGAGAAGCUGGAUGCCGCUUUGCAAAGUGGCGCUCGCCAUUGGAGGUGAGUGAAGGGGAGAUCUCCCGUCUUUGCAUUGAGGCAAACAUGCACGAUCUGGCACGCUACGCCCUCAUUUGUCAGGAUGAGGGCCUCGUGCCGAUUGUGGAGCCAGACAUCUCCCUGAAAGGUGAUCAUGACCUGGAAACAGCCGUCCGUGUCAAUGUCGAGGUCCAGUCAGAGCUCUACAAGGCCAUGAUCGAUCAUGGUGUCUUCAUGGAAGGGGCGGUGUUGAAGUCCAACAUGGUGAACCCUGGCAAAGCUUGCAAGACAGCGUACACCUGUGAGGAGAUUGCACAGGCCAACGUUGAGGUUCUUCAGCGUUGUAUGCCUGUGUCGAUCCGUACUGCGAACUACUUGUCUGGUGGUCAGUCAUUGGAGGAUGCAUCUGCGCGCCUGAACGCCAUCAACCGCCAUUCCGGAAAGAAGCCAUGGAACCUGUCCUUCUCAUGGAGCGCAGCAUUGCAGCUUCCCUUGCUCGAGCUGUGCAAGGGCAAAGGCUCCCUACAGCUUGAGGAGAUGGAGGAGCUCUAUCUCAAGGAGCUGGCCAUUGCAAGUGCAGCAGCCAAGGGUGAACACAGUCCUGCGGCUGGCGACGGCGAUCACACGCCACCACCCUAG